UGACUGAAAUAUGUGCUCAAUGAAGUGUCAAACCAAACAAUUAGUCAUUGAUUCGCAGUGAAUCUCCCUGCUCGACUGGGAGUGACGGACGUCGGGGCUCUGCUAUCCUUUACGACCCUCCACUUGAUCUAUAUGAAGUUUCUUGAUGGUACAUAUAUUCCCUUUGGUGAGAUGUAAAUAACUUUGCGAGAUUUUAAAAUAACUUUAAAUCUCAUUGCUGUAGGCUCUGUGGCAUUGAUUUUUACCUAUAUGCUCUGAGGAUUGACUUGGAUAAUAUAGUAUGAUGGAAUCGAUUUUACUCUACACACAGUGAAGAAUAGUUCCCUUUUGUUGGGAAAGAUUUUCCUUCUUCAUACUUGGGGAGUAUACCGAGUUUUGUAUUGUUUGUAGCUGGAUGCAACUAUAAUCUGCAGUAACUCAAGAGAAGAAUGUAGACACAGCCAGUGAGCCAAAUUGGUUAAAGAGGUUGGAAAGCAUUGCUGUACCAGAUACUUUGUAUACACACAAACAUUGCUUCAAGAAGACACAGAUCUGUGGAAUUAUGAGCAGCACAAUAUGAAUUUAUCUAAAUGUGAAUAUUGCAAUUCCAACAAGAUGCCUGUUCAGGGUGAAGAAAUUGUUGCUGUACAAUUCUCUGCAAAUGCUUCCCAUCCUGAUGACCUUCGUCUUCAAUAUAAUGUAAUUCAGGCAUGGAUGAAUGCUAUGGUGCACUCCAAAACAGACAUUUUGAUGAUUCCUCUUGUAGUCUGCCUAUUUGCCUCACUUUUGGCAACUCCUCUGGUCCUGUUGGCCAUCUUUUCAAACAGCAGCCUUCGUCAGGAGACCAGGUAUCUGCUACUUGCCAAUACUUUGGCUAAUGAUUUGAUUUAUUCAAUACUGAACACCUCCAUUGAUGCCCUUAAUGCCGCAGGUGUGGGAAUGCCUAAAGUUGUUUGCGAAACGCUCUUGUAUGUGCUAACAGUGGCUUAUUGUAAUGGGAUCCUGACGGUCACAGCCAUGGUGGUGGACACUUACGUGGCUGUGGGUUGGCCUCUUCGUUACACCUCACUUCUACCCCGCACCCGAACCCUUAAAAUCAUCGUUUGCAUAUGGAUUAUCUCUGCCCUCGCACCAUCCAUCGUCUACAUAAUAACACUGGGAACUCAACAGGAUCCAUUCUCCACAUUGUCGAUUUGCAUUUUACCUUUGAUAUUUGUGCUCUCCAUCCUUCGUUCUUCCCUGUCAAAAAUAUAUUACAGUUUCACAGUAAUAUACUUUCUAAUAUGCUUAAUACUGAUCUUCAGUUGCUAUGUCAUGUUAUACCGCAAAACAAGAUCGUCAGGAAUAUGGGCUGGAAACUCCAGGGCUAGACAGACCUAUGUCAUCAAUUCAGUGCUGUUCAUUUUUUAUUUCUUUCCAUUGAUUGUAUUAGUGACUGGGAGUGCACUCCAAGAACUGCAUCUGAUUUCCUAUAUGACGGGACUUUGGAUCACGCUGUCAAUGGCAAAUAUGCUUAUGAUGUUACCCAAGGCAAUUUCUCCAUACGUUUAUGCAUUCAGGUAUCGAGAAGUCACAGAAACAAUCUGGUCUUUAUCGAUGCUGAGGCAUGUUCGACGAGUAAGCCCAACUGGUUAGUGCAUUAGACCAAGCAAAUUGGCCAGCAUUCGACCUCAUUAAGCAAAGCCUUCUUUUAUCAGUGAAAAUAGUCAAAGGAUUGUCUUUGUCUUUAAGCUUUGCCUGGGGAAGUAUCCUAUAAACUGGCUGCAAAUACACUUACAGAAUAGAAUUCAACUUGAAGACAGUGAAUUUACCUGUAAAAUGUUGCUGUAAAGGCAACAAUGUUACUGAAGCUUUUUGUCUGAUAUUGACGGGCCAAAUACAAUUCUGCUAAAUUUUAAAUGAUUGCCAUGAUUUAUAGAAAAGAUUACUGAUUGGUUAGCUGGUCGACUCUA